AAUGAGAUAAUGAUUCCUUAUCGUACAAGUGAUCGUCUUUGGCAAUGUUUGUCUCAUCGCAAGUUGAGCUCUUUCAAGUCUUUGAUAGGAGAAACAAAUGGAAAUAGAAUGAAACUUGAUGGAUAUUCGGGAGCGUAUUUCGUUGUAAAUAAUGUGGAAGUGAGAAGUUCAGUAAGUAUGCAGCAACUAACGAGAGAACUGAGAGUUUCAACUCGGGGCAUAAAUAAAGAUACUGCUAUUGCCUCAUACAGGUUAUUUAUGGAGACCACAAACUUUUGCAGAGUCCCUAAACUUGAUAUAUUGAUUGUGGGCGGAGGGAGUGUUACACCUGUAAGACAUCUUUCAGAGGAAAACUAUCGACAAGUAUCUUCUGUUUGUCAAGCUUUCGAAUUGUUAAAGACAGAAGAUGCGUGUUCUUUGUUUAAUCUUAUGAAUGAAGAAGGUCGGCAUGUAGGAGCUGCAUUAAUAAGAGCAGGAUUUUAAAUAGAAAUCUUUGGAUAUGGUUUGGAACAUUUUGU